CGGCUCCUGUCAGCGGGUGAAAUGGCAGCGGCCGAGCCGGCGGCGGCCGCGGUCCCGGGGGGCGGCUGAGGGGGCCGGGCCGGGGCUGCGGGGCGAACGGCGCUGCUGGGAUCCGGCGGCGCAGCCCGGGGCGGCGAGGCUCGGCACGGCGAUGGCGGCGCGCUCGGCGCAGACAGAGCUGUGAACCAACCCCGCUCACGGCUAACAAGGCCACCCACCAUGGCGAGCCCCACUCUGAGCCCCGACUCCUCAUCCCAGGAGGCCCUGUCGGCCCCCACCUGCUCCCCGACCUCUGACUCCGAGAACCUCAGCCCCGAUGAGCUGGAGCUACUGGCCAAGCUCGAAGAGCAGAACCGGCUCCUGGAGGCUGACUCUAAGUCCAUGCGCUCCAUGAAUGGCUCGCGGCGGAACAGUGGCUCCUCGCUGGUGUCCAGCUCCUCGGCCUCCUCCAACCUGAGCCACCUGGAGGAGGACACAUGGAUCCUGUGGGGCCGGAUCGCCAAUGAGUGGGAGGAGUGGCGGCGCAGGAAGGAGAAGCUGCUCAAGGAGCUGAUCCGCAAGGGCAUCCCACACCACUUCCGGGCCAUCGUGUGGCAGCUGCUGUGCAGCGCCACGGACAUGCCAGUCAAGAAUCAGUACUCUGAGCUGCUCAAGAUGUCCUCGCCGUGCGAGAAGCUGAUCCGCAGGGACAUUGCCCGCACCUACCCAGAACACGAGUUCUUCAAGGGCCAGGACAGCCUGGGCCAGGAGGUCCUCUUCAACGUCAUGAAGGCAUACUCGCUGGUGGACCGGGAGGUGGGCUACUGCCAGGGAAGCGCCUUCAUCGUGGGCCUGCUCCUCAUGCAGAUGCCUGAAGAGGAGGCCUUCUGUGUGUUCGUGCGGCUGAUGCAGGAGUACCGGCUGCGGGAGCUCUUCAAGCCCAGCAUGGCUGAGCUCGGGCUCUGCAUCUAUCAGUUCGAGUACAUGCUGCAGGAGCAGCUCCCAGACCUCAACACCCACUUCCGCUCCCAAAGCUUCCACACAUCCAUGUACGCCUCAUCCUGGUUCCUCACACUGUUCCUGACCACCUUCCCACUGCCCGUCGCCACCCGGGUCUUCGACAUCUUCAUGUAUGAGGGGCUGGAGAUCGUGUUCCGAGUGGGCCUCGCCCUGCUGCAGGUGAACCAGGCGGAGCUGAUGCAGCUGGACAUGGAGGGGAUGUCCCAGUACUUCCAGAGAGUGAUCCCCCACCAGUUUGACAGCUGCCCGGACAAGCUGGUCCUCAAAGCCUACCAGGUCAAGUACAACCCCAAGAAGAUGAAGAGGCUGGAGAAGGAGUACGCAGCCAUGAAGAGCAAGGAGAUGGAGGAGCAGAUCGAAAUCAAAAGGCUUCGGACGGAGAACCGGCUCCUGAAACAGCGGAUUGAAACCCUGGAGAAGGAGAGCGCUGCUCUGGCUGAUAGGUUAAUCCAGGGGCAAGUGACACGGGCGCAGGAAGCAGAGGAGAACUACGUCAUCAAGCGGGAGCUGGCGGUGGUGCGGCAGCAGUGCAGCUCGGCCGCCGAGGACCUCCAGAAGGCACAGAGCACCAUCCGGCAGCUGCAGGAGCAGCAGGAGAACCCCCGCCUCACAGAAGACUUCGUGUCCCACCUGGAGACCGAGCUGGAACAGUCGAGGCUGCGGGAGACGGAGACACUGGGGGCCCUUCGGGAGAUGCAGGACAAGGUUCUUGACAUGGAAAAGAGGAACAGUUCGCUGCCCGACGAGAACAACGUGGCGCAGCUGCAGGAGGAGCUGAAGGCGCUCAAGGUGCGGGAGGGCCAGGCGGUGGCCUCGACGCGAGAGCUGAAACUGCAGCUGCAGGAGCUCUCGGACACCUGGCAGGCCCAUCUGGCCCGCGGCGGCCGCUGGAAGGAGUCCCCACGGAAGCUGGUCGUGGGCGAGCUGCAGGAUGAGCUGAUGAGCGUGCGUCUGCGCGAGGCGCAGGCCCUGGCCGAGGGCCGCGAGCUGCGGCAGCGCGUGGUGGAACUUGAGACGCAGGACCACAUCCAUCGCAACCUUCUGAACCGUGUGGAGGCGGAGCGCGCGGCGCUGCAGGAGAAGCUGCAGUACCUGGCGGCACAGAACAAGGGGCUGCAGACGCAGCUCAGCGAAAGCCGCCGCAAGCAGGCCGAGGCCGAGUGCAAGAGCAAGGAGGAGGUGAUGGCUGUGCGACUGCGGGAGGCAGACAGCAUGGCUGCGGUGGCCGAGAUGCGGCAGCGCAUCGCUGAGCUGGAGAUCCAGAGGGAGGAGGGCCGAAUCCAGGGUCAGCUGAACCACUCCGACUCAUCGCAGUACAUCCGCGAGCUCAAGGACCAGAUCGAGGAGCUGAAGGCCGAGGUGCGGCUGCUGAAGGGCCCGCCGCCCUUCGAGGACCCGCUGGCUUUCGACGGGCUGAGCCUGGCGCGGCAUUUGGACGAGGACUCACUGCCGUCGUCGGACGAGGAGCUACUCGGCGUAGGCGUGGGCGCUGCCCUGCAGGACGCGUUGUAUCCUCUGUCCCCGCGCGAUGCGCGCUUUUUCCGCCGUCUGGACCGGCCGGCCAAGGACAGCGAGGGCAGCUCAGACAGCGACGCUGAUGAGCUUGCCGCGCCCUACAGCCAGGGCCUGGACAACUGAGGCCGUGCCCCGCGCGCCCGGAUUCAGGAGACCGCAGUCGCGGGGGGCUCCCGGGCAGCCCGUGUUCUGCUCCCCACCUGCCGCACUUGACGAACUCCGCGCCCUCUGUGGCUCAGCCACCCCUAAAGCGAGGCCCGGCGAGGCAGCGCAGAGGGUAGGGUCCGGCCUGGGGCUCCUCAGGACCCCGGGACAGGUUCUCCCUCCCCAGCAGUGUUUACCCAUCUUGGUCUGUACCCCUCCGGGCCCUCUGGCGUUCCGGGGUGCCUGGAGGGGCUGACUGCUCUCUUAACAGGAGGGCAGAGGGCAAGGGACAGAUGACCCAGAGGUCCCAGCACUGAAUGAGCAGACAGCUCCCACUUCCCAGCAGGAUUCCUUCUGGGACAGGGGUGGCAUUGCUGGGAAGCACCCAGGAGCUAACCGAGGCCUGAGGAAGGAGAGCACCAGCUCUGGGCUGGACAUCAGCACCCCACAACACUCCUCGGGACGAAGUGACCCUUGACUAACCCCUGGCCAUCUCUAGGGGAGUUGGGCCGCUGGGGACAGAUGGCCAGGCCAGCCUCUCCUGCCUGGUGCAGGCACCAUGGCCCCUGCAGCAGAAACCAAAGUCCCCCAUACUGUGUGCAGGGCCACCUGGGGAGUGAGUGGCGAGCGGGAAGUGUCCCUGCUUCUCUGGGUGGGGCCAGAGCAGCUUCGAGGAAGUGAAGAGACCCCUCUCCCCAGCACCCCAUAUCUUGCUCUGGGAGACACUCGCACCCCCUAUCCUGGACAGUGAUGGAGGGGUAUCUCUAGGGGGGUGCUCGGCUUCCAUCUACUUCCUUUUCUUCCUGUGUUCCCAGCCCCACCCUCAGCCAGGGCCAGGCCCCCACCUAGGAGCUUCCUAGCGAGCGGCCUCCCCUCACUUCCUCCUGGUGGUCCUGUGGCCUCUGCUGAAUCACAGCUGAGAACGGUGCCAAAAUUCAACGAUGCCCCCCCAGGCCCCUUCCUGUCUCCCCCCGGCCCCCCUGGGCCUCAUGACCCUGGGGGCUGCCCCCCUCGGUGCUCCUGGAGCCUCCAGUAGAGUAGCGUCACAAGCAAUCUCCCUGGCGCUUCCUGGGGUGAGGACCCCUGCUCUGUCCCCACUUCCUAGCUGCCCACUUUUCAGUGUUAUGAAGCCUGGGAACCGGGGCAGGCACCCGCGGGGCUCUCCCACACGCCCCCCACACUGCCCACCACCAUUUUGCACACUGCCUGUUCACUCCACAUGUUGCCCAGGCGGGAAAGAUGGAAAAUAAAGUGUAUUUAC